AAAGGUCAGAUGCUUAUUAAAGUUAUCUAAGCCGAUGCAUUUCAUUUUAUAGAGUCUAUGCGUUUACAUGUCAUUAUCUCGGCGCUUCGAGAUAUUUAUUUGAUGUUUUAAGUGUUCAAAAUGGCUCCAAAAGAAUCUGAAUGGGUUCAAGGAGCCGAAGAACGCGCCGCCCUAAAAAAGACUCACGUCAGUUUCCCUCAACUUAAAUACCCGUCUUUACGAGAUGAACCAUUUAGAGACCCUAUACAAUGGCUUGCCGGCAAAGCUUUGGACGAUGGCGCAGAAGGACUUUGGAGAGUUCAUGAUAAAUUAUAUGAUUUCACGGAUUUUAUAAAAAAACAUCCUGGAGGUCAAGAGUGGUUGGAGCUAACUAAGGGUACAGAUAUAACAGAAGGUUUCGAAUCGCAUCAUCUAAGCCCAACAACAGAGAAAAUGCUUAGUAAAUUUUAUGUAAGGGACGCAAAAACACCACGGAACUCUCCAUUUACAUUCCAUGAAAAUGGGUUUUAUAGAACUUUAAAAAGGGCUGUUUAUGAUGAAUUAAAAAAAAUACCAAAGGACGCUUCUGUAACAGCAGACAGAAUAACCGAUGGACUGUUCGCAACGCUUCUGUGUAGCUCCAGUCUUGCCUGUUGGUUCGACAACUAUUGGUUGGCGACUUUCUGGUACAUUGUUGCGUCAUUAAGCUUAGCUACGUUGACGGUGACAUGCCAUAACUUUAUACAUCGUAGGACCAAUUGGAGAAUGUACCUCUUUAACAUGAGCAUGUGGUCUUAUAGAGAUUUUCGAGUGUCCCAUGUUCUUUCUCAUCACCUGCAUACAAAUACGCUGAAUGAUCUGGAAAUAAGCUCACUGGAACCAUUCCUGUUCUACAAUCCAAGAAAAGAUAAGCCGAUUCACGCGAGGCUUGGAUUUUUAACCGAAUGGUUAUUUUUCCCUUUCACAUUUUUAUUGAGUUUUUGCAAAAGAUUUCUGAGCAUAUUCCUCCGUGAAGGGUUUUUCAGAGCGCAUUACCGUUGGCACGACGCCAUUGGCUUCUUGUUGCCACUUUGUAUGUGGUUCGCAAGUGGCAGCCCCGUUACACGCGUCAUCUAUACUUGGCUGUGGAUAAACUGUACGGGCAGUUUGAUCUUCUUCACCAUUGCUGUCAAUGCUGCCCAUCACCAUCCGGACGCCAUUAAAGAUGGUGACCAACCUAGAAGUCUGACUCCAGACUGGGGAGAACAUCAAGUAGAGGCUCUGUUAGACCGGAAAGACAUAAAUGGCAACACAUUCGCGGUGAUGACACUUUUCGGGGAUCAUGCUCUGCACCACAUGUUCCCAACUGUUGAUCAUUCGAUACUGAAAUAUCUGCAUCCAGUCUUCAUUGAAUUGUGUGAAAAAUUCCAAGCUAAUUAUAGAGUGUCGACGCAAUUUCAAUUGGUCCUCGGCCAGAUACAAGAAACAAUGCGGACCGAUUUUAGAACACAACCAAAUAAAUGAAUACAAGCGAUUGUUUUGAUGAUAAGCAUCAUCAUCAUCAUCUUUCAUCAUUAUAAGCCGAUGGACGUUCACUGAGCUGGACAUAGAUCUCUUGUAGUACUUCCAAACAUAACGAUCUUAAGCCACCAGCACCUAACGUCGCCCUGGAACCUGCUUUACGAGUGUGUUGUCGAUCCAUCAACACUAGGUUUUCCGUGGGGUCAUAUUCCGGCACCUUGGGAGCUCAACGUCCAUCGGCUCUUCGAUAAACGAUAAAUGUAAAUUUUGUUAAUAUUUCAAACUAAUAUUAUUGUUGGAUGAUUUUAAAUUCAUAAUAAAAUUUAAAAUUUA